AUGGGGUUGGAGCCCAAGAUUAACAAGCUUGCAAGGUCACUCAUCAGCUUUAACAGGGCUACAUCGAUCAUUAUGGGAACUAUUGACCUUGACAUCCACUCACCCUCGGUGGUCUGGUCACAGACGUUCAUGGUCAUCGGUGAGGUCUCCCCUAUAAUGGAAUCUUGGGCCGACCAUGGAUCAGCAAGAUUGAAGUCGUCACAUCUGCUUCACAUCAGAAAAUCGGCUACCUCAUUCUUGGGGGUAGAUCAAUAG